UCCUAAGACACCUGGCAAAGCCAAAAAAUGUGAAUAAAAAAAUUUGACAGUUAACACAUAAAGCGCGACGGGCCACGAUCGUGGCCACCAGGCACAGGUCGACAGGCCACGAUUGUGGCCCAGAUAGAUGCAUUUAAUUUAUGGGCGUUUGUUGGGGUCUAAUGUAACUCAAACACUCUGAUACCCUCCUUAAUGCAAGGGCUUAUGCCUAUAGUGGAAAAGAUUUUAUAAAAUAACGUAAAACAACGAAAAAAAAAAAAUUAAAUUUUGGUAGAAGGUCGGUAAUUUGGGUCGGGGGGAGAGGCUAGUCAAUUAUACGAAUUUGGAUAAUCAAGUGAUACUUAAUUUUUACCGACUCCAAAAGAUGAAAAAGGCAAAGGUGACGUCGACGAAUCGUUACAACUAUUCGUAAGACAUGGGGAGGAGGGGGUUAAAAAAUUGAUAAAUAUGGAUUUUCGAAAAAAAUAUUUUAAAUUUCUAAAUGCGAAUUACAAAUGUUUCAGCUUGUAAGACACAAGAAAAUAACGAAAAAUGCUGAGAAGAAAUAACAUCUCAAAAGCCCAAAAGAAAAAAAAAAAUUAUUAAUCUUAAUCAUGAUAACUAUUGUGAAAGUUUACCAAUCGACUCUGACUGGAUUCGAACUUAUAACGUGAAGGGAAGUAACUCAAUACUCCAAGACAUUUUUGGCCGGAUACUCCGGGUUUCUUUUGUUAACUACCGCCAUAAUUUCGUAUAUAAAAAUAUUUACACCCACUGAAAUAUCUCCAUCCUUAUAAUAUUGUAUGAAAUUGUAUCAAUUCUGUCCAUCCGUAGAUUCUCCUUUCUCUUUAUAACAUUUUUUCUGUUUGGAAGACGGAAGCUGAAGAGAUUUCCCAGAAUUCCAUUCACCAGAAACAUGACGAAAAUGUCUGAACAGAAAAUGGAGAUUGAUGAGGUUCCUAUCCAACAGGAUGGGAUAAAGUCAUAUUAUAUCAGCAAAACUGAAGAGCUUCAAUUGAUCGUAACAGAAAAGACGCAGAAUUUGCGCCGACUGGAAGCUCAGCGGAAUGAACUGAAUGCUAAAGUUCGUAUGUUGCGGGAAGAGUUACAGCUGUUACAAGAACAAGGGUCAUAUGUUGGUGAAGUUGUCAAACCUAUGGACAAGAAGAAAGUUCUGGUGAAGGUACACCCCGAGGGAAAGUUUGUGGUCGAUGUGGACAAGAACAUUGACAUCAAUGACGUCACUGCAAACAGCAGAGUUGCCCUGCGCAAUGACUGCUACACUCUGCACAAAAUCUUACCCAAUAAAGUUGACCCAUUAGUGAGUUUGAUGAUGGUGGAGAAAGUUCCAGACUCUACUUAUGAGAUGGUUGGUGGACUUGAUAAACAGAUCAAAGAAAUCAAGGAAGUGAUAGAGCUGCCUGUGAAACACCCAGAACUCUUUGAAGCUCUUGGCAUUGCUCAACCAAAGGGAGUACUUUUAUAUGGCCCACCUGGCACAGGUAAAACCCUGUUGGCCAGAGCUGUAGCCCAUCAUACAGAAUGUACUUUCAUCAGGGUGUCUGGUUCAGAAUUGGUGCAGAAAUUUAUCGGAGAAGGUUCCAGAAUGGUACGGGAGCUUUUCGUCAUGGCCCGGGAACAUGCUCCGUCUAUAAUAUUUAUGGAUGAAAUUGAUUCUAUUGGCUCUUCUCGUUUGGAAGGAGGAUCUGGUGAUACAAAUUACGUAUCGAGUGUGUAUGUGUUGUAUAAUGUGUUGUAUAAAUAUGUUCAAUGUUGAGUUUGUAUUUUUCUGUUUCAGGUCAUCAUGGCUACCAACAGAAUCGACAUCUUGGACCCUGCUUUGCUACGUCCUGGACGUAUCGACAGAAAGAUUGAAUUCCCUCCACCCAAUGAAGAGGCUCGUUUAGACAUUUUGAAGAUUCACUCACGGAAGAUGAAUUUGACACGUGGAAUUGACCUGCGGAAGAUUGCUGAGAUGAUGCCUGGUGCUUCUGGUGCCGAAGUCAAGGUAAGUUAUAUGGACAGGAAGUUUUGGGUCAGUUUGCAAUUUAGGCUUGUGCGUGUGUGUGUCACUCAAUAUAACGUAAAUCUACACGGUAGACUUAGAAACAUGUCAAUUGUAACUGUAUCUCUGCAGAUUGUGUGAAAAUGAGGAAUAGCC